AUGGCCACCCAAACUAGUUUUCGGCUUAUUUCUUACUCACAAGAGCUUGUAGAUGGACAUCCGUUGCAUGUUUCUUCAAACUGCCUUCCAAUCAAAGCUUCAAAAAAUGAACCAGCUGGCCAUGCUUUUCACUCUGCUGCUUUAAAACUCCUUGGUUGGGAGGAGGAAGUUGCAGAGACUGAAGAUCAGAAAGUGUCCAAUGACAAAGAGCAAACACAUAUGCCAUCAUCUGAAUCCUAUAGCACCAAAGGUAAAAAGAAGUCUGGAUCUGGAGAUAAGCAACAGGAUCACUAUGCCUUGUUGGGUUUAGGCCAUUUGAGAUAUCUUGCCACAGAAGAACAGAUACGGAAAAGCUAUCGUGAGGUUGCUUUGAAGUAUCACCCAGACAAACAGGCUUCCAUUCUUCUUGCUGAGGAAACUGAGGCUGCAAAACAAGCAAAAAAGGAUGAAAUCGAGAGCCACUUCAAAGCCAUCCAAGAAGCAUAUGAAGCUUUGAUUGAUCCUGUGAAGAGAAGGAUAUACGACUCUACAGAUGAGUUUGAUGAUGAAAUUCCCACUGACUGUGCUCCUCAAGACUUCUUUAAGGUGUUUGGUCCUGCUUUUAUGAGGAACGGGCGGUGGUCAGUUAGCCAACCAAUCCCAUCUUUAGGUGAUGAGAAAACUUCUUUAAAAGAAGUAGAUAGCUUUUAUAACUUUUGGUACGGCUUUAAAAGCUGGAGAGAGUUUCCUCAUGCGGAUGAAUUUGAUAUUGAGCAAGCUGAGUCUCGUGAUCAUAAGAGAUGGAUGGAGAGGCAAAAUGCAAAGCUUUCAGAAAAGGCUAGAAAGGAAGACUAUGCCCGGAUACGUACUCUCGUUGACAGCGCCUAUAAAAGAGACCCAAGAAUAUUGCGGAGAAAGGAGGAGGAGAAAGCUGAGAAGCAAAGAAAGAAGGAAGCUAAGUUUUUGGCAAAAAGGCUGCAAGAAGAAGAAGCAACAAGGGCUGCUGAAGAGGAGAAACGCCGAAAAGAAGAAGAGGGAAAACGUGCUGCUGAAGCUGCUUUACAGCAGAAGAAGUUAAAGGAGAAAGAGAAGAAGCUUCUGCGUAAAGAACGGAGUCGCCUUCGAACUCUUUCAGCACCUGUUCUGUCACAGUGUUUGCUUAGUCUUGGUGAGGCUGAUGUGGAGAAUCUUUGUAUGUCACUGGAUAUUGAGCAGCUUAGGAGUUUAUGUGACAGGAUGGAAGGCAAAGAAGUGCUAGAGCAAGCAAAAGUACUGCGACAUGCAUGUGGAUAUGAUCAAGAUUCUGGGAGCAGUAAACAGGAUGAGAAAAAGAUUUCGCAGCAGAAUGGCUCUCUCUCUUUGAACUCCAAUGGAAGGGCCCCACUAAGCGGCUCCGGAAAGAAGGAGAAACCUUGGGGCCGAGAAGAAAUUGAGCUUCUUAGAAAAGGAAUUCAGAAAUAUCCUAAAGGAACAUCUCGGAGGUGGGAGAUUAUUUCAGAGUACAUUGGUACAGGAAGAUCCGUUGAAGAAAUUCUGAAAGCAACCAAAACUGUCCUCCUUCAGAAGCCUGAUUCAGCUAAAGCUUUUGAUUCUUUUCUUGAGAAGAGGAAACCUGCACAAUCCAUUGCAUCUCCUCUUACAACUAGAGAGGAAAUAGAAGGGACAUCAAUUGUUCAGGCGCCUGAAAGUAGUGUUGCAAAGAUUGCUCAAGAAGAUUCUUCAAGAGACACAGACAAGCAGAAAACUGAUGAUGUGGUUACUGCAAAUGGAGCUUCAAUUGCAGACCAAGACGUGUGGUCUGCAGUGCAAGAACGAGCACUGGUUCAGGCUCUAAAAACCUUCCCCAAAGAAACUGGUCAACGCUGGGAGCGUGUUGCUGCAGCUGUUCCUGGGAAAACUGUAAACCAGUGCAAGAAAAAAUUUGCUCUGCUGAAGGAGAACUUUCGAAACAAAAAAAGUACGGCUUAG